AUGGAUGAUUUUCAAUCUGCUGAAGAGACGUCUUUCGUCGUGGAUGAAGUUAGUAAUAUCAUCAAGGAGAGUGUCGAAAAUACUUUGGGUGGAAAUGCUUAUCAACACAGUAAAAUAAACCAGUGGACCUCCACUAUUGUUGAACAAUGCUUAAAUCAAUUGACUAGGCUAGGAAAGCCUUUCAAAUAUAUUGUUACAUGUGCCAUUAUGCAGAAGAAUGGUGCUGGUCUUCACACAGCGAGUUCUUGCUUCUGGGAUAAUUCGACUGAUGGCAGUUGUACCGUUAGAUGGGAAAAUAAAAGCAUGUAUUGUAUUGUCAGUGUUUUUGGACUAGCUAUUUAGGCGAUAGUUUGCUUACUCUCAGACAUGUACAGUAUUUAUAACUUCAGAUAUUUACUAAAAUUACCUUUCGACUCUAUACGACCAACCUGUAAUAUCGUUUAGUGCUUCAGUAAAUACUACUCAAUUAUUUUGUUACAUUCUUUCGUGUUUUAAAAUACAAUUUUAAAGAUUCACGUACGUUAUGAACCAAUUAGAUUUUAACAUACUUCUUAGUAGUGAAUUACAUCAUCUAAUAACUAAACAUACGCGUAAUGUAGUAGGGUGGAUACCAAUCAUAAUAACCUGUAAUGCACUGUUAUACUUAAUGAUUGGAUAAAAUUGAUUCAAUAAAAAUAUUUUAAAC